AUGUCUGGAUCAAUCGACGUCGAAAAGGGCGCUGAGAAGCCCUUUUCCGGUCUCGACGCUCGGAAGCCAUCAAAUGCAACGGAGAAAGGCGCUGUGACGGUGUUGAGUUUGAAAGAUGCAGAUGAAGCAGUGGAAUUCCUGUCAAACCACCCCCGCGCAGCCGAGAUUUCUGCUGAGGGCAACGCCAUCCUCGAAGACCCCGUACAAUUGAAGAAAUUGAUUCGAAAGAUCGACUUCACCAUUGCUCCACUUUUGGCGGCGGUAUACUUCCUCCAGUUCUUGGACAAGACUACCUUGUCGUACACUGCUGUCAUGGGCAUGCGAACAGAUACGCAUUUGAAAGGCCAAGAUUACUCUAAUAUAUCAAUGCUGUUCUACAUCGGGUUUCUUGCCGCUGAAUUCCCAACACAGUAUCUUGCUCAGCAUAUCUCUCGCCUGGGUCUUUAUCUUGGGACUAACAUUAUCCUCUGGGGUAUUGUCCUAUGCUGCCAUGCGGCUUGUACAUCAUUUGCAGGACUAGCUAUUUGCCGCACUCUCCUCGGGGUUUUUGAAAGCUGCGUUGCUCCAAUUCUUGUUUUGGUCAUUGCGAUGUGGUAUAAGAAAGAAGAACAAGGCCGGCGGGUAUCCUGUUGGCGUAUCUUCUUUGUUGCCAUCGGAGCCGCUACAAUGUGCAUUGGGGCACUGGUCUGCAUAUUUCUGCCAGACUCCCCUGUCAAGGCGAGGAGAUUUACAGAUGCUGAAAAGGUUGCUGCAUUGUUGAGAACUAAGAACAACCAGAGGUAUUUUUUUCAGACUCCCGAAUGUCCUUUUGCACUAGCUAACCUCCACAUCAGAGUUUGGCUGGUCUGCAUUUGCACGUUGCUCAGCUCGAUCCCCAACGGAGGACUCUCCAAUUUUAACAACAUCCUGCUCACGACCUUUGGUUACUCGUCUCGCGAGGCCCUGAUUCUGGCUGCUCCUUCCGGUGCGGUCGGAGUCGUUUGUGUCCUUCUCGUUGGCUAUCUCUCAGACAAAUGGCAUGAUAGAUCUUCUGUUAUGCUUAUCUGCACUCUUCCUACCAUCCUUGGUGCGGGACUAAUGAUUGGUCUUGAUCCUAACGGAGUGCCCAAGAACAAGCCGGGUUUACUUGCCGCUUCUUUCUUGACCGGGACCUUCGGCGCGGCUUUCAUGCUCAUGCUGGCUUGGAACGCUUCCAAUAUCGGCGGCCACACGAAGAAAGUCACGGUCAACGCGAUAACACUUGUCUCAUUUGCUCUUGGGAAUAUUCUAGGGACUCAAACUUUUCAAGACUAUCAAGCACCUGGGUACAUAUCUGGAAAGAUCAGCAUUGUAGCUACACUUGGUGCCUUAUGUUUCAUGAUACUGGUGCUGAGAUGGUUCAACGACCGGCUGAACAAACAGAAUGAAAUCCAACUGGCAGGUAUGACAGAAGAGGAGAAGGAGGAAUUAAGGGACAAAAUGGCGUUUGCAGAUGAGACGGACAGGAAGAAUCCUUUCUUCAGGUACACACACUAG